AUGAAGUACGAUGUGAUUGUCAUCGGGGCGGGUUCUGCCGGCGGCACCAUGGCUACCCGAUUAUCCGAGGACCCCAACCGGUCGGUGCUAUUGCUGGAGGCCGGACCGGAUUACCCCGACCUAGAGCAAUUGCCCGACGACCUCAAGUUCGGUUACGCGCCAACGGCGUCUGAGAUGGGCGCGCCCCACAACUGGUCGUUCGUGGGCACCGGCACGCCGCGUCAGGCGGAACCGGUGGCGGUUCCCAGGGGCCGGGUGGUGGGCGGAACCAGCGCCAUCAACGGCCAGGUUUUUCUGCGCGGGGUUCCGGAAGACUACGAUCGGUGGGCAUCCUGGGGCAACGACGAGUGGAGUUACAUCAACGUGCUGCCGUUCUUCCGCAAACUGGAGACGGACACGGACAUCAGGGAUGACUUUCACGGGUUCGACGGCCCGAUUCCAGUGCGCCGUCACAAACGGGAAGCCUGGCUACCGCUUCAGGAGGCGUUUCAUGAGGCGUGCCUGGACGGUGGAUACGCCGAGGUUUAUGACCAUAACCAUCCUGAUUCCACCGGGGUUGGGCCGUUUCCGAUGAACAACCCCAACGAACAGUUGGGACGUUUGGGUAUCAGGGUGGUGAAGGACGCGCCGGGCGUUGGGAAGAAUCUGAGGGACCAUCCGCUGGUGCCGGUCAGGGUGCGCGUGAAGGAUGAUUUUCCGCUGGACCCGGCGGCGCCCAGGAUUCAGACGGUGCUGCGUUAUACGGCAAACGGGUCGGACGCGCGCAACGACAUGCAGAUAUUCCCGUCUUCGUUCUCCACGCCACUGGGCGGUGAUCCCUUCGCUGAGGAGGGAAUUCGCAUGACCUGCAUGAUGGAACUGGCCCAAAGCGCCGGUGAGCUUACUCUGCAAUCGACCGACCCUGACGUGCAGCCCCACAUUGACUGCCGGUAUCUGGAAGCGCCGUGGGAUCGGGAACGGAUGCGAGAAUCGGUGCGAAUAGUCCUGAAGAUGCUGGAGCAUGAUGCCUUCAAGGACAUCUACGACGGCCUUAUUUCGCCUGCCGAAGCUGACCUGGUUUCCGACGAUGCGCUGGAUGACUGGAUGUUGCGAGAGGUGUGCAUCGGGCAGCACCUCUCGGGUACCUGCAAAAUGGGUCCGGCCAGCGACCCCACGGCGGUGGUGGACCAGCGCUGCCGGGUUCAUGGUAUCGAAGGACUGCGGGUCGCGGACGCAUCGGUGAUGCCGGACGUGAUCAGGGCCAACACCAACUGCACCACGAUUAUGAUCGGCGAGCGCGUGGCCAAUUGGAUCGCUGAAGGAUAG